ACUGUAUUACCCUGAUCCAAAGUCCCUCACACACACACACACACACACACACACACACACAAAACACGGCUGGAACUCCUCUGAAAACUAGAAACACCUUAUUAACUUACUUUUAAAUAUUUACACUCAUGAUUUACUAUUAUUUUAAAAUCAUCUUAUCGGUGUGAAAAAAAAAAAAAAAACGUGCUUUAUCUUUGUCAACAGAUAAGAGUACGUGCAGAUAGGCUGAACCUGUGACACGUUUAAAAAUUAAUUUCAGUCCGCAAAGGUGAACCGCAGGUGUUUUAAGUGUGAGCCGCCGCUGAUGGUCGCCCAGUGAUCAUCAUGAUAGACUUCGCGCAGAUCCUGUCGUCUGUCGGCGAGUUUGGGGCGUUUCAGAAGCGCUUGUUGGUGGCGGUAUGUCUCCCCAACAUCUUCACAGCGUUUCACAUGUUCAGUCAGGUCUUCACCGCCAUCAACUUCCCACACAACUGCAACAGCAGCUGGAUCUUAGAGCGAGCUCCUAACCUGACAGAAGAGAAGCAGCUGAACCUCACCAUCCCUCUGGACAGUAAUGGACAGUUUGAGAGCUGUGAGAUGUUCACACCUGUUGAUCUUGAUCUUGAGGUUAUUGAAGCUUACGGAAUAAACACGACGACAUCAUGUAGUGAUGGAUGGGUUUAUAACGCACCAGAAGGCAGCAGCACUCUUACAACUGAGUUUAACCUGGUGUGUGAAAAUAAGAUUUAUAGUGAGGCAUCUCAGUCCGUCUACAUGGCUGGUCUUCUUAUCGGAGCCCUACUGUUUGGGCCAAUGGCAGACAAGUAUGGCCGGAGGUUUGUCUUGCUGCUUUCCUUGUUCCUGCAGUUUGUGUUUGGGGUGGCAGUCGCAUUUGCUCCCAACAUCUUUGUCUACAUGGCUCUCCGCUUUGUGGUCGGCACCACAAUAUCAGGGCUCUCUAUGAACACGUUUGUUUUGGGCACCGAGUGGUGUGGUUCAGCCAAACGGGCCCUUUUUACCAUAUUGUCACACUGCUUUUAUGCGAUUGGUCUGAUGCUGCUGUCUGGAGUGGCCUUUGGGAUUCGAAACUGGAGGAUUUUACAGCUGGUUCUGUCAGCACCAGUUGGGCUUUUCUGCAUCUAUUACUGGAUUCUCCCUGAAUCUGCUCGAUGGCUUCUGACUCAGGGCAAGCAAGAAAGGGCCAAGAAAGAGAUAUUGAAAGCUGCCCAAAUCAACGGCACGAAGGUGCCAGAAAAUCUUCUUGACAAGAUGGAAGCAGAGAACAAACCUAAAACAAGCAACAUGCUAGACCUGUUUCGAGUGCGUUACCUGAGAAAGAGAGUUCUCAUCAUGUGCUAUAUGUGGUUUGUGAUAUCCCUGGUUUACUAUGGUGUCAGCUUGAACGUGGGGAACUUCGGCCUGGACAUUUACCUGACUCAACUCAUCUUUGGCAUUGCAGAGCUUCCCGCCAGGCUGUCCUGCUUUCCUCUCAUUCAGCGCUUCGGAAGAAGGAUUUCCCAGAGCGCAGUGCUGCUUCUUGGAGGAACUGCCUGCCUGAUUAUUCCUGCUAUACCAGCGAACUAUCCUGUGAUUGUGACUGUGAUCGCAGUGAUUGGGAAGUUCUCCCUCGCUGCCUCUUUCAGCAUAGUGUAUGUUUACACUGCUGAGCUCUAUCCAACGGUUGUGAGACAAAACGGAGUUGGACUGAAUUCCAUGUGUGCGCGUGUAGCUGGUAUUCUGGCUCCUCUGAUUGGCUUGUUGGACGUGUAUCAUCAUGCUAUUCCAAUGGUCAUAUACGGCUCUUUUCCAUUUCUGGGAGGAGCGCUGACGUUUCUGCUCCCAGAGACACUAAACAUGGAACUACAGGACCACGCUGAGGACCCCGAGGAUGACAGCAAGGGAGCAGAGAAAGCCAUCUAUGAAAACGCACUGAAUCAGGAGCAGGAAAUGGUUGUCAGGAGCACAAAAUUAUGAGAUUUUUAUUGCUAUUUAAAAAAUUUGUAGAUUUUUAUUAGUAUUUGUGAAUGAGGAAAAUAAGACAGAGGUUUGUUUACUUUUCAAAAGUGACAUGUUUGUAAAGUUUUGAUUAAAAUGAAUUUGUACUUUUUUAUCAUUUCAAUUUGAAAAAAAAGUAAAAGUCUGUGAUCAAAAAUGUGCAGUAGUGUUUUUCUUCAGUGCUUUUCUGGUGCUACAUAAAACCUGGAUCAACUAGAAAGUCUUUAAUGAAGCCAAAAUUGAUUUAUUUAUUAAUUUUAGUAAUUGAAACAAUGAAAUGGCAUCUCAAAGCUAUGUACAAAUCUUCAUAUUUGAUUUUAUUCCUGACAUCUAUUAAGAUCAUUAAUAUCAACCAGUAUUACAGCUAUAAAACACAUUUUCAUCAAGCUCAAACAUACACCACCAGUCAACCGUUUUUGAACAGUAAGAUUUUUAUUUUUUUCUGCUCACCAACAGUAAAAUGUAAAAAUAUUUUAACUAUUUAAAAUAACUGUUUUCUGUUUGAAUAUAUUUUAAAAUGUAAUUUAUUCCUGUGAUCAAAACUAAAUUUUCAGCAUCAUUACUUCAGUUUUCAGUGUCACAUGAUCCUUCAGAAAUCAUUCUAAUAUGCUGAUUUGCUGUUUAGGAACAUUUAUUAUUAGUAGUAGUAGUAAUAAUAAUAUAUAAAACAGUUGAGCAAAAUUUUUCAGGAUUCUUUGAUGAAAAGAAAGAUACAAAAAUCAGCGUUUAUUUGAAAUAAAAACCUGUUGUAACAUUAUACACUAUAUUAUUCAAAAUCUUUGAGUCAGUAUUUUUAUUAUGAUUAUUAUUAUUAUUCUUAUUGGUAAAUAAAUUAUAGAAAUUAAUACUUUUAUUUAGCAAGGAUGCUUUAAAUUGAUCAAAAGUCAUAAUAAAGACAUUUAUAAUGUUACCAAGAUUUCUAUUUCAGAUAAAUGCUGUUCUUCUGAACUUUCUAUUCAUCAAAAAAACCUGGAAAAAUUCUACUCAGCUGUUUUUAACAUAAUAACAAUAAUUAAUGUGUUUUGAGCAGCAAAUCAGAAUAUUAGAAUGAUUUCUGAAGGAUCGUGUGACUGAAGAUGCUAAAAACAGCUUUGAAAUCACAGUAUUUAUUUUUAAAAUAUGUUUAAAUAGAAAACAGUUAUUUUAAAUGGUAAAAAUAUUUCAGAAUUGUACUGUUUUUGCUGUACUUUGGAUCAAAUAAAUGCAAAAAAAAAAAAAAAAAAAAUUGUA